AAUAUUUCAAACAUAAACAUUUAAAGAGCGAAAAAGAAGAAGAGAAAAUAUGGAUACUUUUCCUCUUCUGGCUGCACUCUUUUUCAUCGGCGCCGCAACAUGGUUUAUCUCCUCCCGGCGGCGGAGGAACCUCCCACCGGGGCCAUUCCCGUAUCCGAUCGUCGGAAACAUGCUGCAGCUGGGGGCCCAACCCCACGAGACAUUCGCCAAACUGUCAAAGAAAUACGGCCCGCUGAUGUCGGUCCAUCUCGGCAGCCUGUACACCGUGAUCGUGUCCUCGCCGGAGAUGGCGAAAGAGAUCAUGCUGAAAUACGGGACGGUGUUCUCCGGCAGAACGGUGGCGCAGGCGGUGCACGCGUGCGACCACGACAAGAUCUCGAUGGGGUUCCUCCCGAUCGGGGCGGAGUGGCGCGACAUGCGCAAGAUAUGCAAAGAGCAGAUGUUCUCGCACCAGAGCAUGGAAGACAGCCAGGGCCUCCGCAAGCAGAAGCUGCAGCAGCUGCUCGACCACGCCCACAGAUGCUCCGAGCAGGGCCGCGCCAUCGACAUCCGCGAGGCCGCCUUCAUCACCACCCUCAACCUCAUGUCCGCCACCCUCUUCUCCAUGCAGGCCACCGAGUUCGACUCCAAGGUCACCAUGGAGUUCAAGGAGAUCAUCGAGGGCGUCGCCAGCAUCGUCGGCGUCCCCAACUUCGCCGACUACUUCCCCAUCCUCCGCCCCUUCGACCCGCAGGGGGUCAAGCGCAGGGCCGACGUCUACUUCGGCAGACUGCUCGCUCUAAUCGAGGGCUAUCUCAACGACAGAAUCCAAUUCAGAAAGGCCAACCCCGACGCCCCCAAGAAGGAUGACUUCCUCGAGACGCUCGUCGAUAUUCUCAACUCCAACGACAACAAGCUCAAGACCGAUCACCUCCUGCAUCUCAUGCUCGACCUCUUCGUCGGGGGUUCGGAGACGAGCACCACCGAGAUCGAGUGGAUCAUGGAGGAGCUCGUGGCGCACCCGGACAAGAUGGCCAAGGUGAAGGCGGAGCUGAAGAGCGUGAUGGGGGAUGAGAAGGUGGUGGACGAGUCGCUCAUGCCCAGGCUGCCGUAUCUGCAAGCGGUCGUCAAGGAAUCCAUGCGGCUGCACCCGCCGGGCCCACUCCUUCUUCCUCGCAAGGCGGAGAGCGAUCAAGUCGUCAACGGCUACCUCAUCCCGAAAGGGACUCAGGUGCUCAUCAACGCGUGGGCCAUGGGCAGAGACUCCACCAUCUGGAACAAUCCAGAUGCCUUCCAACCCGAACGCUUCCUCGAUAACAAGAUCGACUUCAAAGGCCAAGAUUACGAGCUCAUUCCCUUCGGGUCGGGUCGGCGGGUCUGCCCCGGCAUGCCCCUCGCCAACCGCAUGCUGCACACCGUCACCGCCACGCUCGUUCACAACUUCGAUUGGAAGCUCGAACGCCCCGAUGCGCCCCUCGCCGAGCACCAGGGCGUGUUGUUUGGCUUCGCCGUGCGCAGGGCUGUGCCGCUCAGGAUCGUUCCGUAUAAGGCAUGAUGUGAUUCACGUAUGCGUGCGACUUCGAUGGCAAAUAAAUUUGGCUGCUCAUAGCGCCGUCACCAAUGAUUAGUCUACUUAUAUGUGUACUAAAUGUUUUUUCAUUCAUGACCAAUAUAUAUGUUAGAUGUUUUAUAUAUGUUGAAUUUAAAUUUUACGUCCUAUAAAAUGUAAUGUCAUGGGAAUUUUGUGUGAGCUAGUUUGAGUAAAUAAUUAGCACACUGCGAGUGUACAAGUGCAAA